CUUAAAGCUUGUUCUAGCCAAUCAAACAGCGUGAUUUACAAGUCCGCUUGCCUGUAUAAAAGUUCCUUAUUUGCUGUGUAGAUAUGUAUACGUAUUUUUUUCCUCAUUUCUUUCCUGUUUCAUAGCAGACACUUAACAUGUCUGGACGCGGAAAGCAAGGUGGUAAGGCCCGUGCUAAAGCUAAGACGCGGUCUUCCAGAGCUGGACUCCAGUUCCCAGUGGGCCGUGUGCAUCGCCUGCUCCGCAAGGGGAACUAUGCCGAGCGGGUUGGGGCCGGCGCGCCGGUGUAUCUGGCGGCGGUGCUGGAGUACCUGACCGCCGAGAUCCUGGAGCUGGCGGGGAACGCGGCCCGUGACAACAAGAAGACGCGCAUCAUCCCGCGCCACCUGCAGCUGGCCAUCCGCAACGACGAGGAGCUCAACAAGCUGCUGGGCAAAGUCACCAUCGCUCAGGGUGGCGUCCUGCCCAACAUCCAGGCCGUGCUGCUGCCCAAGAAGACCGAGAGCCAUCACAAGGCCAAAGGAAAGUAAAUUGGGAAAAUUAGCCAGAAUCUUAGGUCGCUGAGUCCAUCUUUAAAUCAAAGGCUC